GCAAUACAGUCCGCUUUUGCCAAGCCAUCCACCAUGAAGAUUUCUAUAGUGCUGAUCUGUUUGGUCGCCAGAUUGUUGGGGGCCACAAGUCAGAUAUCGGUAAAUCCGGAAGAUGUGAUCACCGAGGGAACCAGAACGAUAUUGAAAACGACUCCUAAGCCGCCGAGUCCUUAUUGCCAGCCCAAGUUGUGCCUCAAAGGACAACACCAUGUGGCCUGCGAAAACUAUUAUAAGAGCCUUCACCGCACCUGUGCCGCCAAGGAGAUUACCUUUGUGAACUUGACCAUCCUUGCGGAUAAUAUCCUUAAAAACCACAAUGAGCGAAGGUAUCUAUUAGCCAGUGGAAAGGACUCAACCCUGCCACAUGCCGCUCGAAUGGUGGCCAUGCAAUGGGACGAGGACCUGGCCGCCGUGGCAGGAUUCAAUGUGAGGAUGUGCCAGGCCAAGCAUGACGAGUGUCGAAAUACGGAUAGGUUUCCACGAUCCGGCCAAAAUAUCAUAGUGUUCAACAUGACACGCCGCGUGGAGAAGCCAGUGAUGGAGAUGCUCUACCCCGAACUCGUGUCCAUUGCCAUGAACACCUGGUGGUCAGAGUCCGAGAGAAUGACCGCCGCGAACAUGGAGCUGUAUCCAUGCGAUGAGAAACUGCAAAAAGCGUACCGCCACUUUGCGGUCAUGGCCAUCGAGGGCAACUCGCACGUGGGCUGCGCCGGACUGCGCUACGUGGUCAAGAACCUGACCCAGUUCAAGCUGACCUGCAACUACGCCCGGAGUCCGGUUUGCGGACAGCCGAUCUACCGCUUCCGGCCCGUAGGAUGUCAGACGGGUCGCAACAAGAAGCACUCGUCCUUGUGCUCGCCCACGGAGCUCUUCCGCUGAAUUUUUGGCUCCACCGAAAGCCACAUUAACGCAUCUUGUUUAUCCAUGUUUGUCCGAAAACCUGGCCAUAAAUACCAUCCAUCCACCGGGCCAUGCAAAAUUCAAACAACUCCAUCGGAAUGGAAUUUCUGCCAAUUUCCUGUGACGAACCAGGCCCGAGGUCCUUGGCGGGCUUGGCAGGAAGUAUCGAUGGCGGUGCAAUUACCUGCAUAGCAACCGGGCAAAAAUAGCAACACUGCGAAAAUGUUUCUUAAAUAUUCGAAAAAUAACUGUCGAUGCUUUGAAAAAUAUUUGUUAGGAUUUUACGAAAGGAUUUUGUAUAGAUUUUUAUUUAUUCAGAAAAAUGAAUGAACAUAUUUCAAUUUGCUUAAAGCUUUUCAAAGCACCAUGAAUUGAUUAAUUGCAGUAUAAAAUUUUGAU